AUUCAUGUUUCUUGCUUUUCUGUGUUUUCUAUCGUAUAACGUUGGAAAAUGAUAAAUUCAUUGCAAGGACAAAUGAACUGUGAACGUGUUUUUUCGGUCGAUCAUUGUACACCAUCGUUUAACGUACAAGAGACUCUAAACCAUACACAUAAGGAGUGUAGAACACCUCUUGUGAAAUGGAGAUUAAAACCACGUCAGAAGAUUUCGUUACUACAGAAAUUCAGACUAUGCGGCCGUUUGGCUAUAAUCUGCUACAGACUGUGCAAGUUCAGUUACAACAGGGUAGAUUCCAACAAGGCAGAAUUUUUAUCCAUUCUACAAGAAUCAGAUCAAAUGUCGGACAAUAAAAAUAUCGACGGCUUGUUGUUUGAUCCCAAUCAGUACAAGGCCAACAAACAGGAUCGUGUCCCAAUAGAAGGGAAAAGAAUAUUACGAGUUUCACCCCAAAAAAGAACAGAAAGAGACCUCCGUUAUUUGCAGGUUUGUUUGCGUAAUAUAAAGGCAUUUGCAGAAUAUCCAAAAACCAUGCAAGAACGACUCUGUAGAGUUGGAUGGUAUGAAACAUACGAGCCAAGACGCGCAAUAGUAAGACAGGGCCAUCUUCCACAUUCAUUUUACUUCAUACUUAGUGGAGUUAUUAUUGUGACACAAUAUGACGAAGAAAGAGGUUGCACGAAAUUUUUGGUAUGCUUGGGACGAGGGAUGGCGUUUGGGGAACUUGCAGUGAUAACAAACAGCAGAAGACAGGCUACUUGUAGUACGAGGACUACCACAGAACUACUUUGUAUUUCUGCAAAGGAUUUUGUUGAAAUUUUCAUGUCUGGGGGAAUUCAUGGCUUCCGGAAUCCUGAACAAGAGUCAUUUAUGAGAAAUAUUCCUUUCCUGAAAGAAUGGCCGAUAGAAUUGUUGCCUACCAAUCCAAAAGCAUGUAUGUUUCACUUCUUCAACCGCGGUCAAGUUUUGGUUAGAGACAGUAACCGUUCUGAUUGGAUAUAUAUUGUGAAAUCGGGAAGUUUAUCUGUUUUCAAAAAGCUGAAGACAGUAGAAGCACAAAAAGCCGGAAACAAACAGUGGAAUGAUCGCGUUCGUACUCCCGAAGGUGAAAAAGAACAACUAGUUCGAAAGAAGAGAGAAAACUUUGAAACAUGGCAGUAUCGGUCAAAUUUAAAAAGUCAUUCAAAAUAUGAUAAGCGAAAAAAGGAGAAACGUUACUUCAAAAACCAGUUCGAAAUGGAACAUUUUUUGGAUAAAACGUUGCCUGGACUGUAUAAUCCUUUGGAGAGACUUGGUAUUAUAGACUAUAAUGAUGUCAUAAAGAAAUAUAAAACUAGGAUCGUGCGUAGGAAGUCACAAGUAUUUUCACUACCACCACUAAAUGAAAAUACUCAUUUAGUAACAAAACAAAACGAACAACCCGACGAAGUCAACCAAACACCUGAAUCAAAUAAGAUAAGAAGAACGUCUAAAGGAGCCUAUCUUGCCACACCAUCCAGACGACGUAGCAGUAUCAGUACGAUGUCAGACCAUUUAGACGGAGGAGAGCAAGAAAUACGCCAGGCUGAGACAACUAUGGGCCAAGGACGAAAGACCAUUGCUGAUGAGUUCGAAGAUAACAAAAAGAAAGACGAUGAUGACGAAGAAUCAGACGAAGAGCAAGAUCAUUCGGAGUUCAUAGAACUAUGUGUUUUAGAAAGAGGACAAUACUUUGGUCUGACAGCAGCUCUAUAUCCAGAUCAACCUAGCCUAAUCCUUGCCAGCAACGGGGCAGAAUGCAUUAUGAUAUCAAAGAAAUUUUUCUUAGAAAAAUGUAGUGAAGAAGCCUUACGCAAUAUCAAUAAAAUAGAAUCACCUUUCCCAAACGACGAAGAUCUUCAGAAACGUUUACAAGAAUAUGUCAACUGGACGUCGCACCGGAAACAGAUUUAUAACUCUUUAGUUAAAGACAUUCAUUUUCAAAAGGCGAAACGCAUGCAGCGACUAAGUGGGCAAUUAUUGUCAUUUAGGCCUGUUUAAAAAGGUUGUUAUUUCUUACCAUAAUUGUUAUAUAGCAAUAAAAAUGUUUAAGUAGAAA